AUGGCCAUCACUGCCACGACUGAGCGCGUCCCGCGUGGCGACGUUAUUGCUGCGCUCAACUUCUUCUCUCCUCCGGCCGACGGCGCCGUGCCUUUCAACUAUGUCGACACGCCGCCGGCGGGUGAACCCCAGCGCAACUUUUCGGAUGCGACGCACGACGUUAUGAUUGAGGACAUCCGCGGCCGCGAGGCUGAGUUUGCCAGCUCGCCCGAGUCGCUCAACAAGAACGCCUUUUUGGUUGUUCAGAACCAGCCGCCGUCGGCCGAGACGGAGUGGCUGGACGACGAGUCCAUCCGCAAGAACUACUACCCGGAGGUCGAGGCCUUGUUGCUCAAGCACGUGCCGGGCAGCACUCGCGUCGUCUUCUUUGAUCACACCAUCCGCCGUCCGCAAAAGGCCGACGCUGCCUCCGGCCCUGCGCGUGGUCCGGUCCUGCGCGUCCACAUCGACCAGACUGCCAAGGCCGCCGCGGAUCGGGUGCGCCGCCAUUUGCCCGCCGACGAGGCCGAGACGCUGUUGCAGGGCCGUUUCCGCAUCAUCAAUGUCUGGCGCCCGCUCAACAAGGGCCCCGUCGAGUCGUCGCCGCUGGCGUUUGCGUCGUCGGCGAGUGUCCGCGACGAAGACGUCAUUACCGUCGAACACCGCUACCCCAAGGAGCGCAACUUUGUCGGCCAGACGGCCGGCAUCCAGUACCACCCGGACCAGAAGUGGCACUAUCUGAGCGGCAUGACUGGCGACGAGCGGCUGCUGCUCGAGUGCUUUGACAGCGAGGCCCUGCGGCCGGGCAACACAACUGUCCAGGGCGGCCGGCUGGCGCAUACGGCUUUCAGCGACUCGCGGGCGCUGCCAGACGCCGAGCCGCGCGAGAGCAUCGAGGUGCGGACGCUGGUGUUUGGUCCAUGA